CUUAAAUUUGGCAUGAGUCCCUUCCAUUCUGUCGAGUCACUGAACAGACGCAUCUAAUGCUGCGCCCCACGUUCGGCCAAGACGGACUGCAUCUGGGACAGGGCAAGGAUGGCUGGCAAGGUGAAGGAUGCGGAGGGACCGGCCGGCCUGUUCUCAGACAGCUUUCGGGUGACCCUGAAGACCACUAUAGCGAUAAAUGAUUUCGCCGUCGGGGUAAACUGCACCGUAAGCCAGUUGAAAAGGUGUGUCGCGAAGAGAUUGGGGACCACCGAAGAGCAACUCGUGCUCAUCCACUCCGGUAACAUUCUCCGUGGGUCAGACCUGAUAACUGAGCAUAAAGGAAACGACGGAACAGUCAACCUCAACAUGUUUAUCAGUCCAGAGCUUGUGUCUACACCAGCUUCCUGGAGUGUGGCUUCCAGAACAGACCACGAACUAGAGAUUGAUCACCUUACCCUUGAUAACCUGACCCCUUCACCCACCUCUCCUCUCUGUCUUGUGGAAGAGCUGGGCAGCCUGGGUCCGUUUGUCAGCGCUCCGGGAUUCUUCCAGCCUCUCCAGAGCCAGAUGGAGCGACAGCUGCUCUCCGACCCGGUGCUGAUGAGCAGUCUCCUGGGUAGCCCCUUGGUGCAGAGCGCCCUCUCCAGCCCCCAGCUCACCAAACAGCUCCUCCUGUCCAACCCUCUAAUCCUGCAGCUCCUCCAGACCAGCCCAGAGGUGGCCGACAUGAUGGAUGACCCGGAUGUCAUCGCACAGAUGAUGGAGCUCACUCACAACCCCAACAUCAUACAGGAAGUGAUGAGGAACAUGAACUGUGGCCUAACAAACCGGGAACCAGCCCCUGCCGACUCACUUCAGCGGACUAAAAUGAACUCACAGGAGCGAUCCCUCAGCCCUCUGCGUGUAAAGACCAGAGGAGACCCUCUAGUGACCUCAUCGUCGGGGGAAUCCCAGCCAAUCAGAGAUGAGGAACUGCCACUGCCCUUGUACAGGCAUUCAACAGAGCCCCUCACCAACAUGGCGGACACACCCACUGUAAAUCCUGCCUCGAAGGACCCCUUUUCUGGAGGCAUGCAGUCUCUCCUGGAGCAUAUCUGUGCCUGUCCAGGUCUGAUGGAGAGCUUGCUCUCAGGGCCCCAUGUCAACAGCAUACUGGACACCCUCUCUCAGAACCAGGACUUGGCCGCACAGAUGCUGUUGAGCCACCCGUUGUUCUCAGGGAAUCCUCAGCUGCAGCAGCAAAUCAGAGAACAGCUUCCAAUGUUCCUGCAACAGAUGCAGAGUCCAGAGCUGCUGGCGGCCAUGUUGAACCCUAGGGCGAUGGAGGCUCUGCUUCAGAUCCAACACGGCCUACAGACCCUCGUCUCAGAAGCCCCGGCUCUGGUACCCAGUGCUGAUCUGGAAAGCAUUGGCGUUAAUCCUGCUGACUCCUACAUAGACAGCCCGCCAGCAAAUGCACCCCAGGGGGCCAUGGUGACAGAGCAGCAGCAGAUGCAGUUUGUACAGCAGAUGCUGCAGAUGUUGGCCAACACCAGUCAACAGAGUCCAGAGUGAAGACAUCCAGUAGAGGAGUUGGAGCUACCCAGUGUUCUCAGCUUCAGGGAUCUGAGGCCCAACAGACAACUUCAGGUUCAACGUUCAGAGGCAGGAGAGCAGCCCUGCUUGCUUCCUGUCUGCAUACAGUUUGCCUACUGUACACACACAUUGUCCACACUCCUGGAACCGGAAUUCUUUACAGAUUGACAGUGCACUCUCUCUCACACACACACACACACACACACACACACACACACACACACACACACACACACACACACACACACACACACACACACACACACACACACACACACACACACACACACACACACACACACAGAAGUGUUAUCUUAUUUACAUACAGAUAUCAAUGUAUUACAGGACAUAUAACUGGUUGCAUAUGAGGAUGAAUAUGUUUGCAUUUAUUGUCUGAGGCCAAAUGUAAUGUUUUGCUGCUAUUCGUGUAAGGGAAUUUCAAUUAUUUACCUCUGUGCACUAUGA